CUUAGAGAUGUUGCCCGAGGCAAUUUCGGAAGUGAGGAACGCCUACCUCAGGAGUUACGCAACGACGACCACGACGACGACGGAACCUCCCGUCAUAUGGUUUCCGAACCAAGGAGACGAUUGCGAACAGGAACCUGAAGGAGGAGGAGGAGGAAGUGGCUUCAGCGCUUCAGCCUUCUAGCCCUGGUCAUGUCGGCCACGAACCUAGUCGGCCUUCUGGCCAGCAACGCCAACAACAACAUCAAUAACAACAAUAACGACAACAACCUUAACAACAACAAUGUGCAGGAUGUCAACGAAAACAAUGCCAAUAAUAACGUCGACCUCCUGACGAUGGUGACCUUUGGCGCCGGUAGAAAGCGACGAAAGAGGGAGAGUCCCGACGGAAGUUUUCCUUCGUCAGGAAGCGGCAACGAGACGAAGAAUGCGAUAGAGAGUUUCCAGGAAGAUGGCAAAGAAGUGAACGCUUAUGACGGCUUUGGACAUGAUUUUGACUCUGAUGAAAACCUUUGCUGGGCUGAAGACGCUGAGGAUCUCACGGCCCAGGAAGUGACUGCUGUGGUGUCCUUGCUGUUCCUGAGGGCGGCCGUGCAAGCGUCCCUCACUGACCAUUUUGGAUGCCUUCGUAGGAAUUUGUGUGUGACGAGCGCCCUGGCAGCUGAGUGGGGCGAUUUGGCUCGCGUGAUUGCGCCUCCGUUGAGCGAAUUCCACGUCAACUCGAUCUCCGAAGGAGCACCUGGAAUAGAUGCUCCAGCGCUUCUGGAAGCUGGAAGGGACGGACUGACUCAUAAGGACAGUAGGGAGUGCUGUCUAUCACACCACUGUCCCAGAGAAAUCUGGGACAAGUUGACGGCCGGAGAAUGGCAUCACCUGAUAGGAGAGCGAUGAAACCAUUGAGUAUAUCUAGGGCCAGUUUAGUUAUCAUCAUCAUCAUCAUCAUCAUGAAGGUCAAAAGUUAUGG